AUGACGACCCUCGCACCCCAGCUGUCUACAGUUCUCGAGAACUUCAAAAAGCAUGCUCCGGCGCCUGUCCAGCAUUCCAUCAACAAAGCCAAGACAGACUUUGUGGCUUCUUAUGAUCCAAAUGCUGCGAUCCAAGUCGGCGAAGAUCUUCCAGACUUCCGCCUGAUCAACGCAGUGGGCAAAGAAAUCACAAGCACUGAACUCCUUGCCCAAGGUGCCCUGCUCAUCACGUUCUACCGAGGCGAUUGGUGCCCCUUCUGCAAUCUGGCACUCCGAGCAAUGCAAAAACACCUCGACGACUUCAGAGCCAAGGGUGUCACCCUCGUUGCGAUCACACCAGAAUUGCCUGAUACGACGCUCUCCACCACCGAGAAGAAUGAGCUCAAGUUCACCGUGCUUUCUGACGUCGGAAACAAGUACGCCAGGCAGCUGGGCAUUCUUUUCCAACAACCAGAAACUUUGCGUCCCGUCUUUGAGCAAUUCGGACACGACUUGAAGAGCAGGAAUGGUGAUGACUCCUUUGCUGUCCCCAUCCCGGCCACGAUACUUGUCGAUCAGAAGGGCAUUGUGCGCAACACAUUCAUCGAGCCGGACUACACGAAGAGAUUGGAACCAUCCGAGGCGCUCAAAUGGAUUGAUGCAUUGUGA